UUUGGAACUAAGUUUAACCAAUGAGAAUCCAGUAUACCUUGGACCACUAGUAUAUAUAAGGCUGUAUGGUACAGUAUUACCCAUACAAUAAAGCAAUAAAUCUCAAAUACACACAGUAUUACCCAUACAGACCUUGGACCACUAGCUUGGAUCAUUUUGCGAUAAAGGAUAUUAAGUGAUAAUAUUGAAGAAGAAGAAGAUUGAAGAAGAAAAUGGGCGUAUGGAAAUUAUCGAAAUUUAUAAUUUUAUUCAAUGAGAGAAUUUAAGAAAACUGUUAACAAGGGACUACAUUCUGUUUCAAUGCGAUUAAUUUUUAUUCUAAACUAUUAUUGGAUAGAUUCAUAAAACAUAUCCAAUUGUUUUCAUAAUUCAAAGUAUGAAUUUAGAUUUCACAGUUCAUAAAGUUGGAGCUGUAGGCGCGGAGAACGCCAACUGUGUGAGGAUUGUUCAUAUAUCGGACACCCACAUGCGCCAUGCUGUUUACAAGAAGGAUUUGCCACCAGGUGAUAUUCUAAUCCACUCUGGAGAUUUCUGUCAGUACUCAAUUGAGGCCAUGUUUACAAGGAAAAGCACUUUGAUGCGAGAGUAUGUAUCAGAAGUAAACUCGUUUUUUUCUGAUCUUCCAUAUAGUCAUAAAAUACUUGUUGCUGGUAAUCAUGAAAUGUGUGCUACCAAGUCAGAUAAGGCACUGCUAGAGGCUUCACUGUCAUCAGUUACUUACCUGCAGGAUAAAUCUGUAACCAUAGAAGGGUUGAAUAUUUAUGGAACUCCGUGGACAAAAAAUCGAUGGUAUUCAUAUGCAGACAGUUUCACUAAACGGCAACAUGGCUCUUUAAGAAAAGUGUGGGACAAUAUUCCAGAGUCUACUGAUGUUCUUGUCACACAUAUGCCUCCAUUUGGGAUACUGGAUCUUGCACUUAAGAAGUUUUCUUUAGUGAGGAGUAUGUUUUCACAAAGUGAAGAACUCUGCAGUUGUGGGGAGCAACACCCAACAAGGGAUCAUUGGGGGUGCCAUUCCUUAAGAACAGCUGUUUUAGAUCGCAUCCGACCAUUGGUUCAUUUGUUUGGUCAUACACAUGAAUGCAAUGCAAUCGUCAACGUGAAUGGAGUGACAUUCUCAAAUGCUGCCAUGAAGUUGAACCCUACAAUCAACGUGAUUGAUGUCUAUAAAUCAAGGACAAUUGAUGUGGAGGGUCAAUGAUGGAAGUUAUAGAAACUAGUUUUGUACAAUAAAAGUGUGGACAAGAAAAAAAUAAAAAUAAAUCUAUGUACCUUAUAAACAGUAUUUUUAAUGAUAUUGGAAUUCAGUUGUAUUAUACUUACUCAUCAAUUUGUAAUCUGUUAAAAUGGAGGGGGAAGGAUGCAAAAUAAGUCAUACAAGCAUACAUUGUAUUUUCCCCCAACAUGGUGACGCCAAUUUAGAUGGCUGGACAGACAUAUUACAUGUAUAUAAGUUUCCUUUAUGGUGACUGUCUUUAUAACCAUAGCAACCACAAUUCUGGUAAAAAAGAAACAAAAUGUGCAUAAUAUUGUUAUUGUUUCUACCCACUACCAAUUCCAAGUUUCACAAACCUAGCUUAUUCACUCAUUACAGUGACCAGAUUUGUAUGGGCAUUUGAAAGGUUGUUAGCCUGUAAUUUCAACCAUUGAAAGCAGUAUACUUAUAUAUCACAAGAGCCGUGCUCUUAUAACAGCCAAUAAUGCUUGUGAGAAGUGUUCAUUUAAAAAAUCCAGUUUAGGCCCAAAGUAUUGUCCCUGAUUCUACUGUGUGGACUGCACAGGCUAAUAUGGGAGAGCACUUUACGCAUAUGCAUUUUACCCAAUCUUGUUAUCUAUCUGGCUACAGAUUGUAACAGGAUGUGGCUAAUAAGCCAUCUGGUUAUGCCAAAAUUCACCUUGCGUUAAUAAUUUAAUUAAAUAUCUUUAUCUGUAAUAAAAAUUUUGAUUUAAAGAAAUCCAUCCUCUAGCUGAUCACAGCAUUGUCAGAAAAUAACGUUGCUGAACAGAAUGGUUUGUAAUUGAGAUCUGAAGGAACUGUUUUACAAAUGUUGUGAGCAAGUUUCAUUUGGGCAAAAAAUUUAAAUCUAGUUGUUUUCAGGCUUAACUAUAGCCUUAUAUUGCCCAGCUAUUUUUGUAAUGAACCAGAACCGCUAUUUUUCAAUGAACAAGAACUAUUUACAAACUUGGCAGAGAUAUCAUACGAGUGUUAACAAGAAUUCGCUAUGGCCAGAUAAUGAAAACUGACCUGCUAUCUAACAGACUUCUAUUAUAAACAGACUGGAACCAUUUUCUAACUCAGCCAAGACAUAAGAAAAAUGUUCUCAACCAAGUUUAAUGUGACUUAUUGAGUGUUCACAUGCAUUGUCUUAACUUUUAUCUAGUAACUUUGUUUUUGACCCAGCAUGGCCCAGUAUUUAAGUCUGCCAAGAUAUCAUUAAGACAUGUUCUGACCAUGUGUCAUGAAGAUUUGGCAAUAGAUGUGGCCUCAAGAGUGCUCACAAGAAAGACAUUGAACAAUGAAGAGGUGAUCACAAAAGCUUACCACGUCACCAGAAAUGUUGUGCUCAGGUGAGCUAACAACAGAUAUUGUAAGCGAUAAAUACCCAUACAAUACACAUAAUUGAAAUCUAUGCAAUCCCUUUAAUAAACAACAACCAGUGGCAAUAACAUAAUUUAUUACUGUUUUCAACAUAAUUGGACUAAACAUAUUUAUGGUAUGGUAUGUCUAUAAAGUAUGCCUACAUGUACACGUUUAAUGCAAUAAUACACUCACUAAGAUACUGACAUCUGAUUCCGAGUCAUUGUAUAAAAUAGUAUAACAUACACAUAUUAUGAAACAUCAUAAAAUAGUUCACUACAAAAAUGACAGUAAUAAAAUACAACAAUUCUAAAUGAAAAGUGCAAAUGACAUGGGAUUCUAGGCAAAACAAAUUAAAUGGGACCUUAUGAUUCAACUAAUCAUGGUAUGAGUUUGAUGCAGAAAAGUAUUUGCUACCAUAUAUUCCCUUCAUAUAUAAUGAAACGGAUGUACAAGUUAUUGACAACACAAGAAAGAUAUCUGCUUAUAUCUGUUUUAUGACAUUUACUCAAUAAUUUAUAUAAUGGUAUCAUUCCAACACUAAUGCUGUAUGAAAGGCAAAAUAUCCAUACUCAAGCAGCUAUUUUAAGGCACCAGUCUUGAAAACGAUAUAUAACACAUCAUAUUUGUUUAUACUUACUACUUGCUCAUGACCCUCACAAUUUAGACCCAAACAAAUUAGCCUCUUCAAUUUACAAGGAACAUGGCAGUAGUCGCAUUAUGUCUCCAUCUGCACAAAAAGAUUUGACUUCUAUGGAACCUUAGUCACUAAAGAUAUUUAAUAUACAUUUAGCACACAAACAGAAACUGCUCAUAAAUAUUCAUGUGAAACAUUACUUUUUUUAACACUGUGAUGCAUUUUCACGCUUACAACUAAAUCAUGUUCUUUUCUCUAAAAUGGUGCAAGAAAUGAGAGAUAAAUAUUGCAAAACAAAAAUGCCAUUAACUAAAAAUGUUCUGGCACUUGUGUAUUUGAUGAAGCCAUUAUAUUAAGCCAAUAAUGCACACUGUUCUAUAUUAAACGAUUCCAGCACAUUAAUUUGGAAGACUUAAGCAUUACAUGGCACUGCCAGAAAAUUCUAUAUAUACAGAUAUUCUUGAUUUGACACAAACAUAACAAAAUGUAAGUAGGAAGUGUCUGAAAUAAAUUACUGAUUUGUUUUUAAACGAAUCCUACUAUUAAUAUGGCUUCAGUUGAAUCUAAUUGUGUUGAUAGUAAACAAACACACAGGUUUGCUAAAAGUACAAUCUAUAGCAGAUCUGCAACUAUCAUAAGAAAAACACUCGUCAAUGGUCACAUAAGAAGUAUAUGAUAUUAAAUGUCCUUUUCUUUUACAACUCAGUGAAUUAAUUUUUGCAAUACUUUUACCAUACCACAGAUCAGAUCUACUUGAUAGAUACAUAUAUUGCACUGUACAGUUCAAUACCAGAAUCUCCAUUCUAAAACAACUACAAAUAAACAAAAGUAGACUAAAAGACAAAACAGACAAUGAAACUUUUACACAAACAUUGACUUCUAAAUUACCAAACUUUUAUUUUAAAACAUAUUUCAAAAUAAAUAUAAAUUACAUUCUAUAGUUACAACAAUUGAUUAAAUUACUUCUAAAGAUCCCGCUUAUUUGUUGCAAGACAUUUAAGACUUAAAAACACCAGCAUAUGUUCUUCUUUUUUGUAUUUUUAUCGUGUAUAAACACACUAAAACAAAACAAAAGGCAAGUUGUAAAUAAAUUGAUAAUAAGUAGGCAAGUUGAAAAUAAAUGGAUAAUGAGUACAAAUGAAAUAUUGAGAAAUACAGAAAACUAUAUGGGUGUUAAGGAAUUCCUUUCCUAAACAUUGAUUACAUAUAACAAAAAUAGAGCUUUAUAAUUGCCUUCACAUUUCAAUUUGUAUGCAUCAAUAUCCCACCAAAGGAACUAAUUUUGAACUAAGUCAGCCAAAGGAAAACACAAUAAUGGAAUAAGAUGUCCAUUUUUAAGUAAAGGUCUGUAUACCAGUGACAAAAUGUUAUUCUAGCUAAAUAAAUAAUUGACGACUGAUUUUGAGUUUCACACAUUAACUGUGUGUAAUAUAUAAAAUCCAUUCACUGACUAAAAAUACCCUCAAAACAACAAAACAAUCUGGACCCUGUUUAGGCCAAAGAGCACUUUACAUAUAAAAUGAAAUGUAAAAUAUACAAGCAAAUUGCAACACAGACAAUCACAAAGAGGCAGCAUGUAAUACAACUAUUAAAUUUUUUAUAAGUCAUAUGUAUAAGACAGUUUUACCAGUUGCCAAAAAUGACUAAAUGUUCUUAAUGAUGAUCCAAGCAU